AUGGGGCUUGGAAGUUUUGCCAUUGGUGCUUUGGUUGUUUUGGUGAGUAGCUCCUGGUCGUACUGGAUUUUCAAGAAAAGAAAGCUCAUCAUACUUAAAGAAAAGUUCUUCUCGCAGAAUGGUGGAUUAAUGUUGAAACAACAACUCUCUAGAUUAGAGAGAUCAACUCAGGAAUUGAUCAAAAUGUUUAAUUCAGAAGAGCUCAAACGAGCUACCAAUAACUACGAUGAGAGUAGAAUUGUUGGCCAAGGAGGUUUUGGAACAGUUUACAAGGGAAUUCUACCAGAGAACAAGAUAGUGGCUAUUAAGAAAUCCCAAAUGGUGGGUGAAAAUCAAAUAGAGCAAUUCAUCAACGAGGUGGUCGUGCUUUCACAGAUCAAUCAUAGGAAUGUGGUCAAACUCUUAGGUUAUUGUUUCGAAACUCAAGUCCCUUUACUUGUUUAUGAAUUCAUUACCAAUGGCACUCUCUUUGAGUAUAUAAAUAACCAAAGUAAGGCAUCUAAUAUAUCAUUGGAAAAUCGUUUGCAAAUAGCUGCUGAAACUGCUGGAGUAUUGUCAUAUUUGCACUCUGCAGCAUCGAUUCCUAUCAUCCAUAGAGAUGUUAAGGCUACAAAUAUACUCUUAGACGAUAAUUACAUUGCAAAAGUGUCAGAUUUUGGAGCAUCAAGGUUUAUUCCACUAGACCAAAAUCAAUUAGCCACAGUGGUACAAGGAACUCUUGGAUACUUAGACCCUGAAUACAUGCUCACAAGUCAGUUCACUGAGAAAAGUGAUGUUUAUAGCUUUGGAGUAGUCCUUGUAGAAUUAAUCACAGGAAAGAAGGCAUCGCCAUUUGACAGGCCAGAAGAGGAUAGAUGCCUGGCUAUGUAUUUUAUUUCUUGUAUGAACAAUGAUUGCUUGAACCAAAUUAUUGAUGAACACAUGGUAAUUGAAGGAAACACUGAGGAGCUCAAAGAAGUAGCAAAUCUUGCAAAGAGAUGCUUGAGAGUAAAAGGGGAGAAAAGGCCUUCUAUGAAGGAAGUAGCGAUGGAACUGCAGGGGUUGAUUAGGAAAAAGACAUCUAGAAAUGAUUUGAAUCCUGCAAAGAUUAAGUACUUGCUUGGUAAGGCAUCAACUGGAUAUGUAGUUAGAGGUUAG